AUGCCGUUUGCGAUCUUCACACCACUCCUGCUACUUUUGUUUGGCCCUAGCUCAGACAACAUCACCUUCUACAAUGUCUCGGAGAAUGAGGCAUUCUCCUUGUUGCUCCCAGACAUGCACGUCAAGGUGUUGUGUGGUUCAUCGUGCGGGUGGCUGACCCUGAUGGAUGAGUCCACGUCCGUGACGCUACUAAAAUCGUUCACUGGUGCCCACGUCGAGCUCCCACCAGCCGACGAGCAUGUCACAACGACGUCCUCCUCAACACGUAUGUCUAAAGUGGAAGGGCGGUGGGUGCUCCAUCCCGACAACAACUACAAUAACAUAAUUGAAACAAGUGCCAUCACGCUAGACAAGAAGAGGCACAUGUUCUUCAAUGAGAUCAUGCUCUCCAUGCUGCCUGACAUCGACAGUCGAGAGUGCGUGGCUAUGGUUGUGCUCGCGAGGUCCACAGAGCUUGUGUUCUAUCGGGUCAAGGUUGACAAUGCGUGGAUGCAACUCGACACCUACCUGGAAUGCUCUUUGGACUCCUUCCUAUACUGCAAAGAGAACUUCUCAUCAAUUGACUGCACCAGAGAGAUCUCCAUUUGCAGAAACAUCACCGUCAAUGCAACCCCAGCCGCGAAACUGAUGCCAUCACUAUCGCCACCUGCUCAGCUCAGCCAUUGUAGCUACAUGGAAUCAAUCGGUGAGCUGCACAUGGUCAGUGCCAUGCAUGAUCGGAGGCUAGAGUGGUGCAGGGUGAACAAUGUCAGUGACCUGACACUACUCGUGUUGAAACAUUUCAGUGACAGUUUCUGUGGAACAAGUGCCCCCAAGUACAAGAGGAACAACAUCUACUUCACUGAGCCUUUGUAUGGGGAUCAAUACAACAUGGCCAUCGUUUGGAGACCAUUGACAUUGCUACAAGCACAUCAGAAGUAA